AACUAAUGUUCCUUCACUGUCUAAACUUGACCAAGCCUCAAAUGUCGCUGAACAAAAUGAACUGAAACUGUGAAAGUAAACAGAGAUUGAGGACGAACCCCACACUCCUCUUUCUAGUCUUGCAACGCACUACAACUAGCCUGAACUCAACCUGUACUUCAUACUCAUAGGUCGUCACUGUUUGAAAAAAACACUUGAAGAACGUGAGCAGACGUGAGAGUCUUACUGAUCUUGUCGCUGCUGUUCAUCCGAGAGACGCAGACGAGAAUGUCGCAGACAACUCUCUCGUCUCACUUUCAGCAAACCAAGUCGAAGCGGGCGACAGGGAAGGCGGCCUCGACAGCGAAGGCAGCAGCACCUGGACAAGCCGACUCGGGUGGCUACACGUCUAUACGUACACGCUCAACACACCAGCAGGCCAGCGAGGUUGAAUUUCAGCAGCACGCCGUUGUGCUCAAGUCGUUUGAUCUCAACUACGACUUUGGCCCUUGUCACGGAAUCAGUCGUCUCGAGCGCUGGGAGCGUGCUCAGGAGUUCAACCUCUCUCCUCCGCAGGAUGUGUACGAUUUGUUAAGAAAAUAUCCGCACGAGGAGCGCUACCAGCAGAGCCUUUGGCACGACUGUAUGAACCUGUGAUAGAGUCCCUGUCGUAAGGGGGGAGUGUGUGUGUGAGAGAGUGAGUGAGAGAGAGAGCCAGAGAGGGAGGGAGACGAGCAUGUCGCGUCAGACCGCUCGCGCCAUCUUCCUCCACUCGUUUGAAACGGCUGGCGCCGGUGAAUCCAAGAAGCCGAUAGCAUUCUACCACACCACACCUGUGCGAGCACUUCCCUACAGUAUUGCCUUUCUCGACAUGCCUGACAUACACAUGUCAGAGUACAGCUUGUGUGCAUGGUGAUACCUUGCAUUGACUCCUGCAUCAGUCUGUAAUAGAGCUUGUUCGUGCUACUGCGAAAGAGGUCAUGUGACCUACGUAUUACACAGUACAGUUUCCUGUGAUGUGUAUGAUCUAUAGGUCAUGUGACCUGCUCACGAUAUACUGCAUACGCGUAGUACGAUGUAAUUGUUAUGAUUAUGGUGUAUAUGAUCUAGACUAUAGAGUAUGGGUCAUGUGAUCUGUUCACCACUACUCACUUUCUGUAUAAAGUUCCAUGAAAAGUUGAAAACCCGCUAUGGAACGCACAGAGACCCGGUAGAAGUCCACGUAGAACUACCGAUCACAACCAUGUACACGUUGCUGGGCACUUCACGUACUGUCUUGCUGCACAAGAUACACUCACAUACUUAUACUCUACAUGUAGCUUGUCUUGACUGAUAGAAUGUCAAGUACCAGUACUGGCAUUUAAUACAUCUGCUGGUCGGGGUAUUUACUGCACUUGUGCGUAUUUUCUACUAUUUUGCACGUUUUUUUGUAGACCAUUGGUGGAUUCUAGUCUUGUAGAGCUUGGUAUGUUGUUUCCGAUUUAUUUAGCUAAUUCCACUGCUCAACUGUUUAGUUUCCGUUAGCUCAGUACGGUGUGGACGGCGAUGCUUCUCUCAAAGCCGCAUUUUCCAACUGCA